AGUGAAUCAAUGUGCACUUCCUUUCUAACAUUUACAGAUAUUUUUUGUUUUUAAAUUCUUCUCUUCGUGAGUAAGCACUCUAAGAUUUCUACAACAGAUUGAGCGUAAAGUAUUUAAGCGGCAGCGAAACUGUCAAAAACGCACUUGCUGUGAGAUUCCAAAACUAGAAACAACUGCUGAACACCUAAAACAAUAUUCAAGCAAAAUGUGCUGUGUCGAGAUUUUGCUGUACCCUUUACUUUUGUGCCCGAUAAUAAUAUUGUGUUUGGUCUGCCCCAUUCUUCUUGGCUCAGUGUUUUUGGGCUUUAUUGUCCUAACUCCGGUUGGCAUUGGCUUAGCUGCGUAUUUUUUAAGAAAAUACAUGCAGGGCGGACAGUUCACCAAGCAAACAGAUGAAACAGGCAAAGUAUUUAUCGUCACGGGAGCCAACACGGGAAUUGGCAAGGAGACAGUCCUGGAGAUUGCCAAGCGCGGAGGAACCGUCUAUAUGGCCUGCAGGGACAUGAACCGUUGUGAAAAGGCCCGCCAGGAUAUCGUCAGGGAGUCAAACAAUUCCAACAUAUUUGCUCGCGAACUGGACUUGAGUUCGCUGGACUCCGUUCGAAAAUUCGCUGCUGGUUUCAAAAAAGAGCAGGACAAGCUCCAUGUGCUGAUCAACAACGCAGGAGUUAUGCAUUGCCCCAAAACUUUGACCAAGGAGGGCAUCGAAAUGCAGUUGGGUGUAAAUCAUAUUGGCCAUUUUCUGCUUACCCAUUUGCUAAUGGACGUUUUGAAGGAAACUGCACCCAGUCGCAUCAUAAAUGUUUCCAGUCUGGCACACACUCAAGGCACCAUUAAUAUUGGCGAUUUGAACAGUGAAAAGUCGUACAGUAGGAUCGAUGCCUACAGUCAAAGUAAAUUAGCCAACGUUUUGUUCACCCGGGAGUUGGCCAAACGCUUGGAGGGAACUGGAGUCACGGUUAAUUCCCUUCAUCCCGGUGUUGUGGACACCGAGCUGUUGAGAAAUUGGAAGAUUCUGCAGAACAUCUUUGUUCAGUUAUUGGUCAAGCCUCUGCAAUGGACGCUUUUGAAGACACCAAAGAACGGAGCGCAAACAUCUCUUUAUGCUGCUUUGGAUCCCGACUUGAAGGUGGUAUCUGGACUUUACUUCAGCGACUGCAAGCCAAAGGAUGUGGCUCCUGCUGCCAAGGACGACAACACUGGAAAGUUUCUGUGGGCAGAGAGCGAGAGGUGGACAGGCCUUACCAAAUGCUGUGGGGAUACAAAUUUGCCAGUGUGCAACGUUAAACAUUAACUUUGCGAUAAUAUUUUCAAUAUUAAAUAUUUUUAUAUAUAGUAUUCUUUAAAUAACAUCCGUGUUAAAAAUAAUAAUUAGCAAGAAGACAAGGAAGUUUAAAUACAUAUAUCAAAAGU